AUGAUAUUCUUCUCUAUCCUUCUCCCGACAAUAAUAUUCGCAUGCGGUGAUGUUUGCAGUGAGUUGUUAUGACGUGGCAACUGGCCACUAUGUACAUCUUCACAUUUUGUUCCAGACGAGGAUGAUGGUGCGUAUGUGAUGAACACGUUUCCCAACGUUGCACCAGUUCCAUCUUGCUCUGUUGGUUAUAGAAGUUUCCCUAGACCGGGUUAUAAUUGGUGUAUGAGGCUUUACUAUUUCAAUCCGUUGAAUUACACCGAUGCCGAGAAAUUGUGCACUGCAGACGGUGCAGUUCCAACAGGAUUUCAAAAUACUAUUGAGCAAUCUUGGAUUACCAGUGAGUUUCGAUUUCUGCAAAGGAUAUUUUCAGAUCUCACGCAACAUUUAAAGACCUACAAAUUCUACAGACACUGCUAAAAGCACGCAAUCAGCUCAAGGAUAUGAUUAUGGCGGAAUUUGGCUCGGUCUGCAUAUCACUAUUGGUUGUACCUACCCCGAUUUUGCAGAUGAUUAUCCGAUUUGCGGUAACAAUUCGUUCGCGUGGACAGAUGGUUAUACAACUGGGACGAGUCAAAUUGGUUGGGGAGAUUUGGGGCCGAUCUAUCCUGAGUGAGUCUGAAAAUGCAUCAUAGGGUUGGAAAAACAGCGUAUUUGCGUAUACUGACAUGGGACUUACGUUAGGGUGGUAACGGGUUUAAAAAUAAGGCAAGUACAGUCUUUUGUAACUCGACGGACUGGAGCUCAGCAGCUAAUUGUUUGCAGGAUAAUGAUAAGCACGUCGAGUUACUUAAGACUGAACUUACCUUAUUUAAAAACCCGUUAUAAUACACGAAUACACGCUUCUUUAUAAAUUGCUUACGCGUAAGCAAAUGAGAAAAAACAGUGUAUUCGUGUAUCGUGUGUGUUUUUUCCAACCCUGGUAUUAUAAGAUGUUUUUCAGCACUUAUCAAUGUGCAAUAAUGGCCGCUUACACUUAUACGGACAAUUAUGUCAGAAGAAUCAAUCCAAAUCAAGUUGAAAAUUUUGACUGUAGUGCUACAACUGGAACUUAUGAGUACGAAACUAUGAGGACGAUUGUUUGUGGAAAAGUGCCGACAGAAUAUUCAUAA